GGGCGGGGCCCGGGCAGCCGCGUGACCGGCUGGGGGUCACGUGACGUGGCCGGCCGGGCCUCCCAAGAUGGCGGUGUGCGUGGCGGUGAUCGCCAAGGAGAAUUACCCUCUUUACAUCCGCAGUGUCCCCACGGAGAAUGAGCUGAAGUUCCACUACAUGGUGCACACGUCCCUGGACGUGGUGGAUGAGAAGAUCUCUGCAAUGGGGAAGGCCCUGGUGGACCAGAGGGAGCUUUACCUGGGCCUGCUGUACCCCACAGAGGACUACAAGGUAUAUGGCUACGUGACCAAUUCCAAGGUGAAGUUUGUUAUGGUGGUGGAUUCUUCCAACACAGCACUUCGUGAUAAUGAGAUUCGCAGUAUGUUCCGGAAGCUGCACAAUUCCUACACUGAUGUGAUGUGUAACCCCUUCUAUAACCCAGGGGACCGCAUUCAGUCCAGGGCCUUCGAUAGCAUGGUGACAUCUAUGAUGAUACAGGUCUGUUGAGUGAGAAGAUUGCUGCUUGUUGAUUGAAGAGAAGUGUUUUGUACAUAACUGUGUUGUGUAGAUGUGUAUUUAUUAUCAUUUACCCCACAUGGGUGCAAGGCCAGGUGGGAUGCAUGUCAACUAAAGGUCUUGUGACAUCA